AUGCCCGCACCCAGACCACCUCAUUCAAUCGAACUUACCAUCCCUCAAGUAUUGACUCAAGACCAAUUUAAUGAACUGGAAGAUCUCACUUUCCUCCAUUUCGAGGAGAACGAUGAGGCAUGGCCUAUAUCACUAAAAAUCACUUCAGAGCUAUCCGAGACAGUAUCACAAGAUGAUUCAGAAGGUGAUAUGGUUAAAGUGGAGACUACAACGAUAUCCAUAGCGACUAGCGUAGAAUGGAACGUAGAAAAUGAAGAGAAGAUGAGAAGUAUAGUUAGGGGUUUAUUGGUUGAGAUUAUGGGUGGGGGGUGA